CAUUACGAUACUGUAUUGCUUCGAUCCCUGUUCCAACAUUCGGCUAUUGCAUCCUAUAUCUUUCCAUCAAAGGAGUCUUUGCUCGCCUCACACCGGGUUCGAGGAACAGAAAGCCAGGAAACAUCUGGCAAAGCAUUGAUCGAUUGAAGUCUUUCCAUUUUAGUUCCUUUGUCAGAAGCCCGAGACACCAAUCCACGAGAACACAUUAACCAUGCUGCCAUCCUUUGCGAAUCAGUGUUCGGCACCCGACGACGUGUCCGUCCCAUGCGUACGUAAAGUAGUGCCCUCGUUCUCCUUUUGGCGGAGCACACGGAGUCCGCGAGACCAACACUCACCCCAUCGCUCCACGUUUUUUUCAUUACCUUUUGAUCUUUUUCGGUUUGUGUUGUGUUUUGUCUUGUCGUUUCGUUUCGUUCCAUUCCGUCCCAGAGCGUCCGGCGCGGCGGGGAGUCCCAAUCGUCGGAAGAACCCGACGAGGCGAACGGCCCGCAGCAGCCGGAGGAAAUGACGCUCACGAUGCGCAAGUGGCACAGGGCACCGACGGCCUCGCCCGAGUUUUUGCUGCGGCGGACCAAGUCGUCCGCCGAUGCCCGGGACGACGCCGAGCUCAUCCUGACGCCUCUGCGGAAGAACAACCUUGUGCGGCGGGGCCGCUGCCAGAGCAUGGGCAACGGAUGCGACGCCAACACGCCCAUACUCCUGUCGAAGCGCUUUGCCUCCUUUGGGGGACCCGAGGGAAUGUACGACGAGACGCAGGAAGAGGCGCGGAUCGAACGGACGCGAACCGAAGACACCCGGGGGCAAACGCGGGCGCCGACGGGUCCGAGGGGGCCCAUUCCGAUGAGGCAUCAGUACAGCGACAUUCCGCGGCAAAUCGGGAGCGAACCGAAACCCGCGGAGGUGACCAUUCCGAUCAGCGACAUUGUGGAGAUCUGGACCCACGGCGAGGGCAAGAACGCCACCACGAAGCGAAAGACAUCCAAGAACGAGUCGGAUUCCAGGGAAGAACACCGCCGGCGGAGAACGAUCGGCAUCGAAACGUGUUCCCUUGGUUCGUUCGAGUUGCUCAUGGAGAGCACGAACGAGCUCCUGGUGCUCCAGACCUUUCUCAAGAUCAAUGCGGUGCAGGGAAGGGUGGACUUUGCGAUCCGGACGGGCGAUGAUCAUCGCGAUAUGCCUGCGGCCCGCGGCAGCGAUCGGGCCAGCCCGCGUUGCUCUUCCGCCGACCCGAGGCCCGGAGACCGCACCGUCGGACGCCUCUCCGACGGAGACGAUCUCAACGAGCUGUCGGCUACGAUCCAGACCAACCCGUCGAACCUUACAAACGACACGGCCCACACGGACGGAGAGAAAUCGAUCGACGUGGAGGCCUUUGUGGCGAAGCGGAUGACGGAACGAUUGAAGCGAGAAUCCCUGACGGAAAAGGUGGAGCGGCGAAUGCACCGGCUCGUCUCGAGCCUCGAAGAACGUGAGUGUCCUGGAUGUUGUGUGUGCGAAUGAAUGAUGAGGAUGCUUGCGUGCACGCGCAAAUUUGUAUAUGUGUGCGGAUAGCAGACGAAACCCUCGAUCUCGGUACCAACUCACCCGUGUUGUGGUUGUUGGUUUUAUCAUUAUUAUUUGUGGAUGAUGUGCAUCUCGCUCCAGUUUCUGUCUCGGUAACCAAGUGUGCGUGUAGCUGCUUUGGGGACUCGAGUGUUGUGCCGAUGGACCAAUCCUAUGGUGUCGCCGACAAGGAAGCCCUGGUGUCUCGCCCGCGACGGAACACGGCCUCAACCGUAAACAGCGAGGUCCACGACGAGGAACGACAGCACGUUCCGAACCAACGAGCGUCGGCGACUGCGAAUGCAGGUGCCGAGAAGAUCCAUUUUGACAUGCAGGUGGAGUCUAGGGAAUCAAAAGACUUUCGAAAGAAGAUGAUGCUGAAGCACGGGAAAAUGCCUUCCGGGCUGAGCGUGGAAUCCGAGGACGACCUGGAAGAGCUGCUGCUCUUUCAAAACUCGGGAAUGCAGGUCCUGACCAAGGCGAGCAUUUGAUUGAUUGGAUUGGAUCGAAAACUUUUGUGAUAGAGCCCCAGUGCAUCGGUUGGGUGCGUGAUUUCCUAAACCUGACUUUUGUUCCCAUUUCUUCUCGGUUCGAGACCGCAAUAGAGGUCGAUCUGGUAUUAUACUUUCCACUAGACAAUUGCAUUAUUAUAGACCAUGUUAAGUUAGCGAAGUAAUGUAUACGUUUAUUCCGCCAAACAGUGUUGUGCCGUAGUAUGGUUGCAGGAUUCCAUCAAUACGUGAACGUUUCAAUAUAAUCACUGUUUGAGCAGUACGGCACAGGAACAAGAAGGCAGGACAGCUUAUAGAAAUGGACUGCUAUUGCAAAAACAAGAAUAAAGAAAGGCAUAAACUUGCAAAAUAGCAUUGGCAGCAAAACUAGCUUUACUAUGAUAAACUUUGUGGCGAGACACGUGCACAUUUUCCCAUUCCGAGAAAUCAAUUCAUUGCAAUCUUCUCCCGUUUUCGUCUCAUCAUUUUUCGUUUGUAUUGGUCGAUUUAUGAAGUCUCUUUCGUCUAAAACCAUGAUGAAAGACGCUUUGUCUACGUAUUUGAUUCGAUUCAAUUGGAUGGAUCUGAGGGAAUAAAUCAUGACUUGAGAAGGCCUCGAUAUUGUAUUCUUCCUGGGGCAGAUUGCUCGCUUGGAUUGCAGUCGGUCGGUGGUUUGUUGUUUUUUGACAAAACCAACACUGUGCAUCUUUUGUCAUCGUGCGGCGUAAUUUAUGUUCCAUCUCGACCAGCUAUGCAACCUAAAACACCGAGGUCCUCCACGAGGCCCGCAGAGUGAUCAACACCAUGCCGCUGAAGGAGAUCACGGCAAGCAGCAGCAAUCCAUUGGUGCUUGCCGUGGCAAAAUCGGUACAUAGAGCACCGUGCACGGCUUCUACGUACAGGGCGUUUACUCUCGGACAGGCAACGGCGUCGUAUGCCUGUAGCAUUGCCUUGUUGACCGAGGAAAGUUGUCCGUUCAGCACCCCCAGAUUUUCGAAAAAGAGUUUCACCUGGUUGUCGGGCCCGCACUGGUUUUCGAUAAAGCCCAAUCCCAGCACAUUGCUGGCAAAAGACGACUGCGUAGUCACAUAGUUGAGGGAGUCUUGCAACAAUCUCUGUACUACAAUCAAUUCCUGCAGCGGAUUCUCUCGGCAACCCGUAAUGUAUGAUGAUAGCCGCUGAUAGGCAAGGUCGUCAAUGAGCGAAAAUGUUGGAUCGUUCUGUCGUUCCUCGAUCUCCAUAUAUUGGUCGAUAAUCGCCAUGAUUGUGUCUUCCGGAGUUCCCCUGCCGUUCGUAAGCGAGUCAAUUGCAAUGUUUGCAUUGGCACUCUCCAUGGCUCCCAGGGACGGUAUGCACGAGUCGGUGGUGAUCACAAUGCCGAAACAACAGAGAAUCACCAGCAACCAGGAGACCAGCACUACCAGAACUUGGAGCGGUAGCACGGUCCACCCAUAGCAGUCUU